UCCAGGGCGGUUUUCGGCUCCUCUUAGCACGGCUGCAUCCAGCUCCCAGGCUUCAGUGUCAGGCAACGGUCUCUGUCUCUGUCUCUGUGUCUGUCUCUCCGUCACACACACAUGCACACGCACAUGCGGGCAAACACGCAAACAGACACGCACACCAUGCCAAUGGGCAUCCAAGGACAGUAUACCUGCAUUCGGCCCCCCUGCCCUGCCAGCCUGAACCAUCGGUGAGAGGGAGGAGGAGGAGGAGGAGAGGAAGGAGGGAGUGCAGUCGGAGCGAUGGAGCACAGCCAUAUCAUCGCCUCGCUUCCCCCUAACGCCAGCGCCUGGGGCUCCGGACAGCCUCCCGCGGGGCCCCAAAGCUGUCCUCUGGGGCCCCUGCCUGUCAUCUACUACAGCGUCCUGCUUUGCCUCGGCCUGCCAGCCAACAUCUUGACUGUGAUCAUCCUCUCCCAGCUGGUGUCACGCCGUCAGAAGUCCUCCUACAACUACCUCUUGGCCCUGGCUGUGGCAGACAUCUUGGUUCUCUUCCUCAUCGUCUUUGUAGACUUCCUGCUGGAGGAUUUUGUCUUAGGCAUGCCAUUGCCAUCCUCGCUCAACAAGGUGGUGCAGGUGCUUGAGUUUUCCUCUAUCCAUACCUCCAUCUGGAUCACCGUGCCACUCACGGUGGACCGCUACAUUGCAGUGUGCCACCCACUAAGAUACCACUCUGUCUCCUACCCAGCCCGCACACGCCGUGUCAUUCUGGCUGUCUACCUGGGCUGUCUGCUCUCCAGUGUCCCCUACUAUUGGUGGCCUGACCUGUGGCUGGAGCCGGUGGGUGUGGCCAAGAGUGGCGGGGGCAAGGCCAGCAGUCUGGGCCAGCAUAUUCUGGUGUGGGCACACUGUGCCACCGUUUACCUGGUGCCCUGCUCCAUCUUCUUCACCCUCAACUCUGUCAUCGUGCAUAAGCUCCACCGGCGCAGCUGCUUCCGAUUCCGGGGCUACUCCACGGGCAAGACCACCGCCAUUCUCCUGGCUAUCACCUCUGUCUUCGCCGUGCUGUGGGCACCACGUGUCGUCAUGAUCCUCUACCACCUAUAUGCAGCGCUGCCCUCGGCGCCGGGCCCGGCCCGCCUCCUCCACCUCAUCACCGACGUAGCCAACAUGCUGGCGCUCCUCAACACCGGUGUCAACUUCUUCCUGUACUGCUUCAUCAGCCGCCGCUUCCGCGUCAUGGCAGCUGCCGUGCUGCGGGGCUUCCUCCGCUGCCGCAAGCAGCCGCCCCCCUUCUACGCCAGCCACAGCUUCUCCAUCACCAGCAGCCCCUGGAUCUCACCCGCUAACUCUCACUGCAUGAAGAUGUUCGUCUACCAGUACGACAAAAACGGCAAGCCCGUGUGCAUCUCCUCCUAGACCCUCCUCCUCUCCUCUUCCUCAUCUCUAUGCUCGCACUCUAGUGCUGAUUCAGAGCUGAGGCUGGGAGGCAUGUUUAUGAUUGCACACCUGUGAUUGGCCAAUUGGGACCUUGUGAUCCAGUUGAGGCUAGCAGAGAGGCCUCAAUUUCUUCUGCCACUGAUUCACCAGCAGCAGACACACAGGUGUUUGAGGUGGGCGGCAUCUAACUAACUACCAACAUCAGCACUGAACAAAAGAAAACACGAAUAGGCCAGUGACCCACGAGGGUCAUCAGUUCUGACCCAGUUUGACCCAACUGGUCCUAUGCAGCCACCGACCACUGGGCUGACAUCAUACCCCCUCGUUUUCCCAGCUUACCUGGGCGUCUGCUCCACCCCCUAGGAGUUGUCUAUGGUGCAGCUGCCUUUUUUAACUCUCUGAGAUGCGGAGUGUAAACGAUCCCCAACAGCAACUGCAUCCCUCCAAACAAAGAGAACCUUCCAUUUGUUCUCAUGUGACAGAGCAAAGAAAAUCAAUACCUGAGGUUCGCUUUACCUUUCAGGAGGCGCUGUGCUGCCGCCUAGCCUGUCAUGCUGAUAACAUUCCCACCCCGUCCACUGGGAAAGGCCAGGAUACACAGUGCCCGUUCCGCUACACGGCCCCUCGAACCCGUGUCGGCUUCUACCUAUGUGUUGGGCCAUAGUUACAGUAAGCCCGUAGUGCAUGAAAUAACCCCGUCACAGUCGUAGAACACUAGGUGACUGUUAUAUGUGCUGUUAAUGCAAAGAAAUAAAUCCAUGUUGAGAAAUCCGGUUACUGCAUAUAUUACAAUAAUUAGUGUUAAUAAUUACACUUUCUCUCUGUGCUCGUUAUCUUGUAAUAACUGAUAGCACUGCUGAGUGGAAGAGGUAAAAGGAAUCCUCUGCAGUUAGUCAGUGGUGUGUAAUUUAUAGACCUUAAUGAAUGUACUGACAGUGCACCAAUACUCCAAUACCUUCAGUUAGUAGCAUCUGUAUCUUCAGCGUUGGCAUUUGUAGCCUUUUGUCUGAAAAACGCCUCGUAAAGACGAGCUCACCAGGUGGCCAGAGUGGGUCCGCAAGUCAUGGAUUCAGAGGCAGGAUAGGAGGACGGUGCUUAAAACAUGAAAACACAAAUGUAGACAAAUGUAGAGUCAGUUCAAAGAUGCUUCAGCGUUUCCCCACAGCAGAUGGGACGCACUAUGAGGAAAACAUUUGAUUCCACAUCAACAGAUUGAGGUCUGUAAUGAUUCACCCAGAAACUUCUGUUCUUGGGCAGCACAUGAGAACAUCCCUCCCACAGCCCAUUUCCCAAAACCCCCAUCUGUCACGGCAGACUUCAUGCACCAAGCGGUGACAAGCCCCAAGACAGACAUCAGUGUCAACCCAGCCGCUCUCUGUCGACACUCUUCUGACUGAUGAUCUAAGCUGUCACCUUGGCCCGGACCAAAUAGGUCGUUUAGCAGGUGGAGAUGAAUAAAGAAGUGCAAUGGAAGGGCGGCUGGUGCAGUAGAAGUGCACGUCGUGUGGGGGGGGGUCGCUUGCCACAGGGCCAGACGUGAGCCAUCGCCCAUCACACAACGGUACGUAACCCUGUACCGAUAUUCUAGGAACACAAAAACUACACAGAAUGAAAAUAAAGAAUCACAGUCAGAAAGAGAGGGAAGUGGAAACCAAGCGAGAGGGACAGAAGGAGGGAGAGAGACAGAAGGAUUGUGAAAAGGUGUUCAUAGUAUUAGGACAGUCUGAAGGACAAACAUAACCACAAAGUGUUUGCAGGUUUUUUUUCUUAUACUUUCAUUGCUUUGAGUUUUUUGGGGGGGGUUUUUUGAUGAGGGAGAUUACGAUCCGUGCCUGAAUUUUGCCGGGAAAAUCCGUAGCGUCUAUUUCCUUGACACGAACACCUGAAUGUGCACACUUUCCCAUCCAGCCAUUUUGCUCUUUGUACUUGCCAUUAAGGUGAAUCACCUCUGGAGGGGUGACAGUCCCCAUAACAACAGUCCUGGCUGCACGGCAUACGGACGAGGCGGGAGGUGCUGGGGACGCAAACAAGGCCCCAGUGUCAGAGGAGAGAGGAGACUCUGACAGAAAUGAGAGGCUUCGGCUGCAAGUGAUGGGACGUUUAAUCAUUUUUAGACUUAGAUCUUCCCUGCAGCUUCUGCUACUUAAAUGUAUGAAACACUGGUCCAACCAGUUUAAUCAGUGGCUAAACUGUGUUCAUAGCCAAAAGGCUAAUACAGCGCAGCCCAGCAUGUUAUCCUGGUGUGAAGAGGCUGCAGAUGCUGGCAAAUCCAGGCUCACGGCCCCUGGCUUGUCCUUCUGCCUUCCUCCAUGGGAGAGUGUGAGACCUGGUGAAUUUUAUUAGUUUUUUUAUUUUUUUUUUGAGGGUCUCACGUGCACCAGCAAUAUCAAUUAUGUGGGAAUGUCUGGCUGGCCUCCUGGUGCACAGCCUCGCCGGGGGGCCCUCGGAUCGCGCUACGUGGGCCCCCCCAGACGUGUGUACGUGAGAAAGCAUGCGUGCACAGAUAGACCGCUGGGACACCAAGGGAUUACAUUCACACUCGCGCCGCCCUCCCCUUCUCCGGCUCUCCCUAUCGCCUUGCCAUGCCAGCCCCUGGCCUCUGGGCCUGUUCACAUAUCCAUCCCUAAAUACUCCCUAAAGCCGAGGAUUCUAUACCCAUGUAGAUCUAUUACGAAUGUAUCCAUCUCCUCCUGAGGUCCAGGCUCCAGUCAGCUGCCUUUUUGUGGGUUUCUCUCUGUAGGGUAAUAGAAGACAUGUUUAUUUAUUCAUGAGUAUAUGCACACGUUUAUUUUUACACUUAUGAACCCAGAGACGGAUACGCGUGCUUCACCCAAACACAAGAGUGCGGUUUAGAAGUCACUGCAGA